UCAGAACGUCGAAAGUGUCGAUGUCGUCAUUGUUCUGAAAGUCGAAAAAAGCACUUUGGCUUGACUGAACACGAAAAAUAGUUCUAGUUUUUGCUUGAUUUGGUACAAAUUUCCGUCUAUUUGCUAGUGAAUUCAGUGUUCCUAUAACAAGUGCCUCCAGUGAAAGCUACUUCCGAUGGAAAUAGUAUAGUGUAGUGCCGGGCAAAUUUUGUUUCCAGGCGUAGUGUUUCCUUCUUUUUCUGUUCUUAUCUUUUCAAGUAUCCUUGACUCAGCCAUGCCCAUGAUGGUGGCGGGAGAUAAAGAAUCGAAAAGCCACCAUCCAAAUAGCUCGGCCAAUGAUGUUGAAAACACAGCACCUGAGCCCCCUCCUCCUGGAACCGAGGACGUUGUCCCCUUGUCAGGGUGUAUCGGAAAUAGCGCCAAUAAUGAACCGAAUGCGGAAUCACCGCCUGCGGGAACGGAGAGCGCAGUUCCCGCCCAGCUGUCGGCAAACACCCUGGCCACCAGCAGCAGCGCUAUCGAUGACGAUCAUGAGGAGGGGGAAAUUGCAGAUGACGAUGAAGACGAGGGAACUCUGGAGUACGAAAACAUUAGUUCCGAGGAGGAGACGAACAUCCGAGAACGUAUCGCGCUACUAGAAGCUAUGGAUGAUGAGCUUAAGAAAAUCCAAGAAAUUUCUGGUGCCAACAACGAAGACUUGGGACAUUUCGCAUGUGAUAAGCCAUCAAUAACAGACCUGCACAAUGAGGACGUUUUUGAAUGCAUUUCGGAUGAGGAGGAUUUCGAACUGUAUCUACGACGAUACGAACCGGUCCCCAAGCCGAAACUGCUUCCGCUCCAGAGGAGAAGGAAAGUCCGCUCAAUUCGACUGUCAGGCUCACUAAGAUAUGUUGGCCCGUCGAGUACAUAUCGAAGACAUGAAACAAGGGACAUAAAACGUAGAGCUGAAAAACGUAAGCAUGAGCAAUCGUCAGUGAGGAAAAGCAAUGUGCAUCGAACUCGGCAUAAACGAAGAAAACAACACAUGGCACCUUCUACCUUGGUGAACAUUGUCGAUUCCACUGAUUCGGAUCAGGAAUAUCCGCUAGAUAGAGCACGGUUACAGGCAGCAUGCAAUAUUAAUGCUGGGAAAAGAAAGACUGAUAAAGAAAACUGGGAUGCAUUGAAGCAGAAGCUGAAACUGCAAAUGCAGAAAAGAAUGCGACAACAAUCAGAAACUGGCAAAGAUAGUGUAGUUGCUGCUGACGAGCCCAUGGUGGUAGUAGCCGACGAAGAGGAAGACGACGAAGUACUUGAACUGCGACUACGUGCACUACAAAGCAAAUCACUACUUCAUCAAGCCGAAGUUAUUAGCCUGGAAGAAGAUCCACUUCCACCGAAGGUUGUGAACGAAGAGCAACAGCUUCGUUUGGAUGCUCUCCGUUCAGCCUUCACCAAAAAACACGAAAAAAGGUUGCGUAAAAAGCAAGAAGAAAGACCCUACUCGCCUAGUGAUGAGUUGUUCCUUCUUGCUUCGCCGAUUGAAGAUGAAGAAGAUGACGAAGUUCAAAUAAUCGAAAAACUUCCAGAAACGGUUGAAAUUGCGGACAGCUCGUCAGAAGAAGAGAAUCACAUGGAAAUCAGUUCUAAUCCACAGUGCCCUGAGCCACCAGAAUUUCCUCGGAAGAUUGAUAUGCAACAAACAACGGAUAAUGGCUCCCGUAGUCCCUCAAUGAUAGCAGUAUCUAGUCAUGACAACAACGAUACCAAAAUUUCGGAUUCUACCAUUGUAGAACCUCCCCCACCACCGAUCAUAGGCGAUUUACAAAGUAGGCUUCCUGAAGAAGAUGACGAGGAAACUCUUAGAAAUCAAUUGCUAUCAAAUUUGUCUUCAACUGUUUCGAAACCGGCAACUGUUCGCAUGACUGAAAACCGUCCCAUGACUCCAGAUUCGAUGGGUGAAGAGGAAACCGAAGCAUUACGCGAGCUAAUUCUGUCCAGAAUGCAUAAAAAAGCUUCCAAGAAGCAGAUCACAUCUUUUGAAACUUCUCCUCUAUCAUCAGAAGUUCCCCAAAAGACUGUUUCGCAAGGCAUUCCAUGCAAUCCAGUUGUUCUUCCAUACGAAAUGGAACCUCUUACCAUCAGAAUUGCAAACACUCUUCCGGUUCCAGAUGAACCAAGCCAAAUUACAUCGCCCGCCUCAGUAAACCCAAUCGUUACCGCAAGCCAAUCAAAAGUACAAUCUAAUUCCAAUCUAAUAACAUUGAUCGGUAAGCAAAAAAUUACUCGUAAGAAACGUAAAAAGUCUGUUUCAGCAGCAAAGAAAAUGCUACAACAGCCUCAGCCUCCAAUGUCGAGCGAUCAGGUUGUAGCGAUUGCCGUUCCGCGUCCUUCGCGAACGCUAAUCAAAGCUCCCAUAGUACAAACACCUUCCCCUCCAUCACUAAUGGUCACCACCAAGAAGCUAGUAAACAACCCGAACAAACUUAUCAAUCUGAACGCGCCGGUACGAAUUGUCCACUCCCCUAGGGAUCAAUCUACCCUACUGGAAACAUACGUCCAGAAGCCGGUCGCCAAAAUGAUUAUACAGUUGGGCCAUUCCGAUUCGGACUCCGAUCCGGAUUACUAUCCCGCUUCUGAUACGGUUUCCAACCGGCCCGAGGAUAUCGCGGCUGAGAUCGCCUUGGAAGAAGCAUUCCUCCGCGAUAUAGACAACGCAAGUCCGUCGCGAGUGAUGCUGGAAAGUCCCAGUUACUCGCCAACACCGACGCCUGCACUCAAUCCCGAUGGGGAUAAAGAUGCGUUACAGGAAGCUCCCACUGUAGCUGCAGGCAACAGCAACGAAGUGCCGUUCGAACAACGGUUAGAUCAGUUCCUAAAAACGGUACGAAGCAAGAUAGACCAAAGCCAGGCGGUUGCUGCCACAGUGGCCACAGCCGUUGCCAGGGAUGACGAGCCGACAAAAGUUGUAGCGAGAAAAGCGACUCCCACUCCGAUGACGGCUAGAGGCGAAGCAGGUGCGGGGCGGGGACCGGUUGUUCGAGCGACAAGGAAACCUAUCACGGCACCGGCAGCGCCAAUUACACCAUCGGCCGUCCGUCAUCUGCCUAAGUCUGCCCAGCUGGAAUACCGCCGUCUGGUGGCACGUAUGGCUCUUUUGGAAAAGCAGAAGCAACAGCGCAUUUCCGUCCCAAGUCGUGUGCCUCCUCCGCACCCUCUGACGAAAACCAUACUCAAUACGGGUCCUGUGGAAACGGAUGGGUCUGGUAAAAAUCACGAGCUUGUGGUUACCGUUAACCGCGAUAGGCGUGAUGUAGUAGACCUUAAGAGCCCAAGUACAGCGUCUAAUCUCCAGCAAGUGGCACAACACCAAAAGAAGCGAUUUUCCGACCCACUAGUAAAGCGUGUUUUGAUCAACAACACUGUUACUGCGGAACGGGAGAAUGUUCUAUCGCGGGAAAGUAAUUCUCUGGAGACUAGAGAUACGCAACCUCCGCUAGACAAAGCUACUGCACCUAGCGAAAUGGAAAUGCUGGAUAAUAUUGGAAGAAAAGAAAAUUAUCGCAUUGAAAACGCUAUACAUGAACCGGAGUUUAACUCGGCCCUAAAAAAGCUACCGUCGCUGAAAAAGGAGGCUCGCCUAGAGGUGUUGAAGAUUGCCGAGAAUCGUUUCGAGAAGCACAGUCAAAAGUUUGCACAGGAGCUGCAGGAAUUGAUUGGUACCGUGGAGCACGCCCAGCAGGAACGGCAAAAGCAAUACGAUCUGGAAAAUAAGGUUGCCUUUUUGAAGGACAAGCUAGCGGUACUGGAGCGGGCACUGUCUUUGCACAAAAACCGAUUGGACGGAAUAUUUCCAGAGCUGCAAGAAUCCCACACGAAAGUAAUGUCCAGUCGGAAGAGGUCGAUCGAGUUGAACAAUCUUUGCCUAUCGAUUGGGCGGGAAAUUCACGGUUCUCGGUAUAGCCCGCCGUCCACGGCUCGAUCGGAAAUUCAUGAACAGUUGAAGGUACUGACCACGGAAACAAAACGUCUGAAAGACAUGAAAAAGCUUUCGCUAGAUGAGUUCAAGGAGCUAACAGCCGAGCAAAGGCGAAUCCAACAGGAACGCCAGAAACACGAGAUCGAGGAGCAACUUGCCAUGCCGACUACGACUCCUGAACCAGCUGAUCAGAUCGUAGAUCAUCUAUCGUUCAAAGGUGAUGGAAGUCAGAGCGAUUCAAAUGAGCCUAUAUUUACGAGACACCCAUCCGACGCUGAUGUGGAACUAAAACUAUACACAAGAAGUGUACCAACCUCCAGGAGUGAAAGCCCAAUCGACACACCGCAACAGGAUUUCCAACCUCUACCUAAGGAAGCUCCAGCGGUUUUAGAAGGCAGUAGUAGAACUCGCUUCGAAAAGUACACGUCUCCAUUGGCGUCCCUAAAAAAUCAAAGUGCACUAAACAUUCCGGAUGGUGUUUUAUGUCCCUAUCAGAUGCGUGGCGAGUGCUUUGAUCAAGACUGUAAAUUUGAUCAUUUGAAAUAGUAGUGAAUGCGCGUGACAUUUACCUUUCCCUGCAACAAUUCUCACACUAACCCAGUUUUCAAUGUCUAAAAUCUAUCAAACACGCCAAAAUCCUCUACAUUUUAUUCCAAGAGCGCCCCAAGAUAACUCUAUUUACCGCUCGACAUUCUUUCAGGCGACCCAUCCUUUUAAUAUUUACCCUGAACCUUCCGUUGGUCUCCGUAACUAUCCGUAGUUUUAUUUAAUUUACUAACAAUAGAGACACACGAACACAUUUCACUUCACAACCUAUUAAUGAUCCACGUGAAAGGAACGUAAAAGAAAAGUGUGAUAUCAACGAAGAAAACUGAGAUAGUGUUGUUUCAAAACACCCACUACGACGAGCAGGAGGAAAGAAGCCUUAGAUACAGGGGAAACAAGCUGAAUUCAGUGAUCAAAUCAGUGAGGUCAAAUAUGUUCAGUGUAUGUGCGUGGAGAAAUGGUCGUUUAUGAAAUCUGUUGCGAACGACAUUUUUCUAUAAUACGUAGCUAAGUAGUGCUCAAAUCUGGAUGGCACCGACAAGGAACCAAAAACAGAUUACCAACGUAUCGCAGGGAAGUUCACUGCAGUGAUAAAUCAAACCGAUUGCCAUAGGUUUCUCUAGUUUUGUUCAGUUUUUACUUUUUUUCUGAUUCCAUUUUGAUUUCACUUUUAUGGUAUUAGUUUGGGAUUUCGCUUUAUUAUUAUUUUAUAAGUUUACAAAAAAAGAAAACAAAAAAUCAAGCCUGUUA